AUGGCAACGUCUGAAGAAUCCAGCUCGCAGGCGGCACUGCUGAUCCCGAACGUGGGCGUCAGCUUUGCCAGCCGCGUGGACUAUAUCAAGAACAUCCGACGCAAGGUGAUCCAGCACCUGGCCGUGCAGUUCAAGAAUAAGAGCGGGCGGCAAGAGCUGUCACGCGUGCCGCAGCUGGAACAGUUCCUGCAGUACCUAGACAAUUGUGUGGAGAUGACACCGCAGCUGCGCGAUGCGACGUACAUUGACAAGGGGCUGGAUCUGAUUAUCGACGCCAAGUACUGCUUCCCGGCGCGUUUUGUGCAGACGGCCCGGGAUCUGAAGCAGAAGUGGACAGACCAGAACUGGGGCGAGGACCUGGUGGUGGACGAAGGGUCGGAUAGCGAGGGAGGUGCAGACGGAAGCCUUAACGCGGUCUCAAACAACGUAGAACGACAGACGACGGUGGUGACGGCCGGCGGCGACAUGGUGACGAUCCAUCCGCCGCCACGCGGUCACGCCAUCUUUGGCGAACACGGCAUCAUGCACGGCGUGGUGAUCACGCAGGGCAAGAACGCCGGCCGGGUGUAUCGGCGCAACCCCAACUACCGGCCACACAACGCGAUGGUGUUUGGGCACAACGGGCUAGCCGUCGGGGCUUGGUGGCCGAUGCAGAUGGUCGCGCUCUUCCACGGGGCCCACGGCAGCAGCCAGGGCGGCAUCGCCGGCAGCGCUCGACUCGGCGCCUACAGCAUCGUCAUCUCCGGCCUCUACGACGGUCUCGACGACGAUCGCGGCGAUACCGUCUUCUACUCGGGCAGUCAGAGCCACAGCAACCGCAACCCGAACGCAGCGUCGCGGCCGAGCAACUUCACCCAGGCCUUGUUGCGCUCGCUCGAGCUGGCCAACCCGAUCCGCGUGUUGCGCUCGGCUGCCGGCAAGUCACGCUGGGCGCCCAGCGUUGGCAUCCGCUACGACGGACUCUACCGCAUCGUGCGCGAGAGCCAGGCCCACAACGAGUAUGGCGGCCUGUUCUGGCGCUUCGAGCUACAGCGCCUGAACGGCCAGCCUGACCUGCUCGAUGUCGUGCGCACGUCGCCGACGGCCCAGCAGCGUUACGAUUUUACAAAGAUUAUUGAGGGAUAUUAG